AUUCCUAAAAUUCUAAAAUCCAAAAAGCUCUGAAAAUCAAAAGCUGUUUUUGUUUUGUUUUGUUUCUUAAAUGUUUGGCAUUAAAAUUAAGUUGGGAGCAAAUAACUUGACUCAAACAGGUUAAUUUUACUCCUUAUUUAUCCUACCUAGUGCGACCAUGCAUACAUUUCAUUGCAGAAAUAUUAAUGGAUUUAAUUACCAUGGGCUGCCCAGCCCCCACUCAGAAUGUAAAGUUAUGUACAUAUGCACAUACACACACCCUGUAUACAGACAAACACACACACACUUUCUGAAUUCUGAAACAGAUCUGACCUCAAGGAUAUUGGUUAGGAUUGUGGGACUUGCACCAUACUACAGGUAACUAUCUUUUUAAAAUUCCGUUUUAGUUUAGUUGUAUUUAACAAACUUCAAAUGUGAAAAUUCAUAUUUGAAAAAUUGAAGCCAGGGGUGGUUACUCACUGUCCAACAUGUAGGCAUUUUCUUACUCCCUCUGUUUUCAGAAAGGGAGCCUGUAUUGUCUUGUCUUACCUCCACUCCACCCUAUCCUGUUUGAUCUCCAGGGAAUAAACCUCUGGGCUUCUCUAGGAGGUGGGCAGGUGCCUGACUCUGGAUGCUUCUUUUUGUUUGUUCGCUUGUUUUGUUUCUUAAACAGAAUUCCAACUGACCUUCCUAUUUAGAGCCUCACCUCCAGCCCCAAAUAGUCUAGUUCUUGAAAUUUUAGGUGUUAUGCAGGGUAAAUUGUGUUGACUCACAGCUGUCUACAAUUCAGGGUUGUUUUCUUUGCUUGUUUGUUUUUGCCAAAUUAACACUUGGUCUUUGCUCUCCAGUUUUCAAAACUUUGUUGCUGUAAUCUUCUCUUUGUUCUUAUAAUUUAUGCUUAAAUAUAAUAACAAAAUAACUGCCCUCCCAAAACAUUUCAGUGGGGUUUCAAAGAGGGCGUGGCAAUUAAGUAUUUGUGUUCCAUCUGCCAUCUUUAUUGGGAAUUGAGGGCUUUAUUUAAAAUAGCUCUAUUUUCCCCCUUAUGCUCAUUUCGUACAGCUUUAGUUCAUCUUUCUACCAGACGGUGGGUCUGUUCCAGAUGGAGACCAGGGUCUUCAGUGUUUGCUUGAACUCCUUGAGAGUCUUGCUCUCUCUGUAGGCUCCUAGAGCCAUUGUGAAACUGAACUUGCUUUUGGCCGAGGAUGGGAUGAUUUCAGGGAAGAACGACUAGUAUUAGUGUCGAGGCAUAGACAGCUGCAGAGGGGACUCUGGGAGCUGGCAAAUCCUUGCUUUCUUAGAGGUCUUCACCAGCGAUACUUAUGGAUUUCUAAGGAAUACGGUAGAAUCCACACUGCCAUGCCUUAUCCAAGGGUGAUAUUAUAAAUAUUUAACAAUAACUAUGGCAUGAGUAGUGACCAGUUCCGAAACACCUUUAUGCUGUACUGACAGCUGACCCUCUAUCUAGGCUUGUGCCUGGGUUCCAGAAUGUCCCCAGCUCUCUCCCUGUCUUUAUUAUCUUUCCCUAAUUUCCAGAAUGGAGCUUUAGAAAAAUGGGCUGGGGCUACUUUCUCUUGCUCCUAGGCUUUAAAGCUUAUAGUCCUUAAGUGCCCUGGUGCAUAGUGGCAAAUAGUUGCUGUGGAAAAGCAGAUAUGGUCCUCACCUUGGGGAAGGGGUGUGGCACUAAAAAGAAUAAGGGAUGGAUUGUGGGAGGCAGAGGCAAAAUCAGGUUUGUCCAGAGAACAUUCCACAUGGCAGACCUCUCGCAGGCCACCAGACUCCUGUGCAUUUCUCCUGUCAGUUCAGCCAAGUAGACGUGCAUAUGCUGUAUCACUUCUCUUCCCUUGUCCUCCUUUCCCUAACUUCUUCUGGCUUCCUGCAGCCUCCAUCUGGCUUCUAGGGGAAGGAUGAGGGAAGAACCAGGAGGGGGCAGUGUUAGUAGAGAGGAGGACAAGGUCCUAUCUGGUCCGAUUGUGCAGAAAGUGGCAGCAGGUGCAAGUGGAGCUUCUGGAUAAUCAGGAGUCUACUACACAAACAGCUAGACUUCGUUCUGGUCCUUUCCAUUUAUAUCACUUAUAUAUAACAAGAGAAAUAUGUAUGUGAAUAAGACCAAUUUAUGUUUUUAAGGAAAAAAAUGUCAAAAAGUUUUUGAUAGGGGAAGAAAAAUAGGAUUAGAGAGCAGUGGGAAAGCUGCUGCCUACAUAUUUUAACUGGUUCUGCUGCGUUCAAGGGUCUUUGGUUAGACUGCUUCAGAAGCUCCAUCUUGGUCUCAGACUUUCUGCCAUCUUGGCAUCUCUGGGGUAGAAACUUGGGGCUGAUUUAUAAUUAAGCAUUCCAAAUCCUGGGUUAUUUGGAGCUGUACAUUUGAGGGUUAAAUUCCUGAUUUUCACUAGUUCUUCUUAUGUACCUCCUUAUUUUUCCGUGUCUUUUAAACAGUAGUAAUUAGAGAAACAUUUGAAUGUUUCUUCAUUUGCCAAAAAUGACUUACAAUUUUCUUUACGUCUGUCAUGGUAAUGGUUUCUAGUGCAGCAAAGUAAGAUUGUGCUGGUCGUCACAUAAGCUAGAAAUGGAAUGGAAUCCUAGAGCUGACAAGUUGGUUGGAUGAAAUGAAGGCACUAAGGAGUGUUAUCACAGGGAUCCUCUGACUUGGGUGUAGCCCAGAUCUCUGGAGGCUGCCACCUAGGGAGAACCAGUAAAGAUAUGAAUGUAGCUCAUAGCAAGCUGGAUCUCAGAUCCAUCGAUAUGUUUACUGUUUGCUCCUUAGCUGACAUUAUCAUGAUCUUGGUUUAUUCUUAAUAUUUAGUAAAUCACACUUAUCUAUUGAGAAAGUAGUUCAGGUCCACAUACAAUUAUUGAGGACCUCCUGAAUGUCAGGCUGUCUUAUUAGAUCUUGAGGGUGACAAGGGUGACACUGUUCCCACUUACAGCCUAGUGGGGGGAAACAGAUACACAGAUAACUUUAAACAGUGUAGUUCAGAGGAAUAAAUCAGAAAAAACAGCCAGAGCUUGCUGACUAGUUAAAUGUGGGGGUUGAAAGAAAGGAAUAGUGUCUAGGGUCACUUCCCAGUACUGCUGCCCAUUUUCUCCUCCUUUAAGCUCUUUUCUCCUGGGCCUCCAUACAUCUCUAUUUUAGAGUUCUGUCUGCUUUGCUGAUCAUUCUCUCAUACUCUCCUUUGGCAGAUCCACCUCAAAGGCACACUACUUAAAUGCUGGUGUCUCCAGGGACCCCUCUUCAGCUAGACAGCUCUAUUUCUCUAUCUUCUUCUCAUAGGGCAAGGAUUUCCAAAGCUCUGUCUCUAGCUCAGACCUCUCUUCUGAGCAACACACUCGUAUUUCUCAGCCUCUACUAGGUUGUUCCAUCUGCCACAGACACUCCGGAUGCUAAAACCUCAAGACCCCAAAGCUGUGUGUCUCUCUGUGCCCUAUCCCACAUUGCCUGGGACCCCCUCUGUAGAAGGAGAUGGAAGUGGAUGGAGGUCUCAUGCAGCACUAAUAGAAAUACACUAGCCACAUAUGUAAUUUAGACUUUUCUAGUAGCUGUCUUAAGAAGGCAAAAAGAAACAGCGAUAAAACUUUUAAUUCUGUAUUAACCCAGCAUACCAACAUAUUAUCAUUUCAACACAUAAUCAAUAUAAAAAUUACUGAGAUAUUUUACAUUUUUUUUCCAUACUGAACCUUCAAAAUUCAGUGUGUGUUUUAAUCUCACUUUGCACUAGCCACAUUUCAAGUGCUCAAUAACGCUGUGUGGCUUGUGGCUCCUGUAUUGUACAGUGCAAGUCUAGAAUUAAAAAGGUAGUAUUUGAGGCUGGGCAAAAACACUCUUGGAAGAAGUAUGAUAGAACACAUAGAAAUAGAGGAUACCUACAUUUAAGCAUCACUAUUUUUAUGAGUCAUGUGUGUUCUCCGUUCCUUAUGGUUUUCCCCUAAUAUUUAGAGAAGCUUUUGAAAUUCUAGUUUUCUCAGCAGUGCCAAGAUCCUUCCUCUGAUUCUGAGAAGAGAUUUUCAAGGGAGAGCAGCUCAUCUCCCCGCCCCCACCUCUCCAGGGGAAUCCCAAGGGGAAGGUGCGAUUCUCAGCACAGAGCCCCUCCCUACUUGGGCCCUUCCUUCCAAAGUUUAUUAUGAAAUCUCUGGAUUUUGUUUCAGAAAGAAAUUGCUUUUCUUCACAAUUCCUUUUCAAAAUUUUCAUACCUUAGCUGCCAGAAACAAAAUGAAUUUACUUUACAGUAAUUAUUACAGCCAAAGCCACCACAUCUCCUGGAUUUUUCCAGCAUGGUAUUUUCAAUAUUGUCUCUUUCGGUCGGUGCAUCUUGAAUUUUGGUUCAAAAAAUAGGAUCACUCUAUCACACUCUUGAGUGUGAAAUAUUGGAGAGUGCUAUGGUGAUCAAGCAACUGGCACUCACCAGUUCCUGAAACUUAGAACUUAAUUCUGGAUACUUCUCUAUAAAUGAUUUCAGGAGACUGCUCCUUUCCCUGGGGAGCUGAAAUCUUUCCAGAGAGGCCGUGUCUUCUCAGGUGGCAGCCCAAGCCAGUACCUGGGCAGUACAGGUCUUCUCAUGAGACCUAGUUUAUGCUACCGUUGAUAGAUCACUCUGAGUUUUAAGGGGAGCUUUUUCUGAUGAGAUUUAAAGUUACGUAGAGGCGACAAAGCUUUCUAAGAAUAUUUUUGGCAGGCUAAAGAAGGAUUAAAAAAAAAAAUGAUACAGGCCCUGGGACAGCGGUAUUAGCCGCUGGGGCACCAGCCAGAUAUUGGUGCUCCCGAACUGGGGGAGACAAUGGACUUUACUGUUACUAUUCAAAAUGCUGUUCACGUUCUUUAAUCGUCGACUAAAAUUAUUUCACUUUCAAGGUCCAGGCCAGUCGGGGGUGGGGUGGAGGAGGGCUGUUGCAGAGGGCCUGACUUCCAUGGCGGGCGGCCCGGCGAAGUAUCUCAGUGUCCCACCGGGCAGGCCCUCUCCCCUCAGGGCGAAGGGCACCGAGAGGCAAGGGAGGGCGCUGGCGAGCGGGGCGGGGGUCGGGGAGGGGUGGGGAGCGUCACCCAGGUCCUCCAGUCUGCCAGUCUCCCAGCGUCCCCAGCUUUCCAGGUAGGGACGCCCCCUCCCACGCAGCGCGGUUCGCUCGGGUGGGAAGGAGGGGCUGGGCUCUGAGCGCCCGCCCCUCCAUCUAUCACAUGGCCGGAGAGCCACAAAAACAACAGCUUUGGCCAAGACCGUGACUUCAGGAAAGGGAACCCAGGGCUCUCGCAGCCAGCCCCCACCCCAUGGAGGAGAGUUUUCUUGACUCCUUUGGGAGGCUGAGCCUCCAGCAGCAGCGGCCGCAGCAGAAACCUCGGCCGCCGGCCCCGCCGCCCCCGCGUGGGACACCUCCGCGCCGCCACAGCUUUAGGAAACACCUCUACCUCCUGCGAGGCCUCCCGGGCUCGGGGAAAACUACGCUGGCCAGACAAUUGCAACACGACUUUCCCAGGGCCCUGAUUUUCAGCACGGAUGAUUUUUUCUUCAGGGAAGAUGGUGCCUAUGAGUUCAAUCCUGACUUCCUGGAGGAAGCGCAUGAGUGGAACCAGAAAAGAGCCAGAAAAGCAAUGAGGAAUGGCAUAUCCCCCAUUAUUAUUGAUAAUACCAACCUCCACGCCUGGGAAAUGAAGCCCUAUGCAGUCAUGGUAUUUCAGACCGAACAAAAGAAUCUUUUCAGGCUGGAAAUGGACAUGGUAGUUUUCAGGCCAGAAAUGAAGAAACAUUCAUGGAGUCCCAAGAGAAAAAAUACACCGAAUGAAGGAGCGGUAUGAACAUGAUGUUACCUUUCACAGCGUGCUUCACGCCGAAAAGCCCAGCAGAAUGAACAGAAACCAGGACAGGAAUAACGCGUCCCCUUCCAACGGCGCACGUUACUGGAAUCCCUACGCAGAGUUUCCCAACCGGAGGGCUC